GACCGUGUCCCUUGCAGGUUGGUGGAUGGUGGCAGUGAGCAGGGCACAGCUGUUGCUCCGACCCUCCCUGUCGCUGCACCCCAGCCAGGGGGUGUCCCUGGGGGACAAUGUCACCCCGCGCUGCCAUCUGACUCAAUUGGUAGCCUGGGUCGCGCUGUACAAGGAAGGACAUUGGAUAGACAUCAAUAACAAGAGCAACGAGCAGGACACUGCAGAGUUCUCCUUGAACACAAAUCGGGAGCAUGCAGGUACAUAUUGGUGUCAGUAUCGACUAUCUUGGUCAGGAAUGGUAUCCGAGAGAAGUGAUCCUGUGGAGCUGCUGGUGACAGAUCACAGAUUCCCCCCACCCAGCAUUUCCCUGAGCCCUGAGGAAUGUGUGGAGACAGGGACCAAUGUCACCAUCCAGUGCUGGAACAAGGACUAUGGGGCCGCCUUCCUCCUGCACAAGGAUGGGUGCUCAGCCCCCAUCCAACGCCAGGACCUCGAUGUGGUGGGCACAGCCACCUUCACCAUCAUUGGGGUGACCCCAGCUGACAGCGGCACCUACAGGUGCUCCUACCACCCCUGGGGUCACCCCUUUCUGUCCUCACACCUUGGGAGUAACGUGACUCUGGAGGUGACACCCACACCUGCAUCCCCAGUCAAGUCUGAGCACCCCAUUUUAGAGACACCCAAACACCCGGACGCCACAGGUGCUGAGGAGCAGUCCAGUGCCAAUCUGGUGCUGGCACUGCUGAAGGGCUUUGUGGCUGCACUCAUCUUUGGUCUUGCAGUUUUCUUCAUCAUCGAUGCCCGCAGCAUCAGUAUACAGAAAGAUGAGAACUGUGGUGAGGAAGGUUUUAAAUGUCCACCAUCCCCUCCUGAUUCUUCCAGUGUCCCAUGCCUGCACUUCUACCCCAUAUAGAUCCUCCCAGGUGUCCCUUGCCUGCACUUUGAUCCCCUAUAGAUUCCCUUCAGGCU